AUGGAUCCAGUUCCGGUGCGCCGCAUCCUCAAAUGCCGCAACAUACGACUUGCGCUAACAGCACGUAGCCUUAUUUUGAUUCACGGGGUCGCGACGGCGAGAAUCGAGGAAUCGGCACCGAGCCGUGGAUACAGCUUUUUGCGGGCUAGAUUCCCGGACGCCAUAUUACACGAGUACCAGUUUCCAUAUUGGUCGCAUGAGCAGGACUAUGGGCCAUCUGAUUUCAGCCAACAAGCUCGCCGCAUCUUGGACGAAGUCGCCGGUACCAGGAAUAAAGAAGAUGAAUACAAACGAGGACUGCCGCUCUUCUUCAUGGGGUAUGAUCUCGGAGGCUCCCUUGUUAAAGAAAUCGUUCGCCUUGCUACAGGAGAGCCAAAAUACCACCCCAUUAUGAUGGAUAUUAGGACGAUUAUGUUCUUUGGCACUCCGCACAAAGCCUUGGAUGUGGUCCCUUGGGAGCAACACAUAAUUCGCCUAUUGUCUAUCACGGAUGCUCUCUCAGAAAGCGCAGUGCAGCUAUUGCAGCAGCUUCCCCAAGCACUCGAAGACAUUAGCACAGAUUUCUCUACUCUUUCUCAUUACUUCCGGAUCGUCAAUUUUCUCCAGCGCAACGGUAUCGGAUCGACUAGACCAACAAUAACCGCGGCUUGCGCGCGCCUGGAUGUCGCCAAGGAGAAUAACCUAGAGCUCGACUGUGAUCACAUCCAAUUAUGGGAUUUUGAAGACCGCGACUCCACGACUGAACUCAUCUGUGCUCAUCUGGUGGAUGUGACGGGCAUAGGCUUCGACCGUAGGCCGAUCAAGGCUCUCCCAAAUUCGCUCGACUGGGUUGUCAAGCACAAAUCAUACAUUGACUGGGUGGAAGACUCUAGAGCCAGCAUCUUACAUAUCACAGGAUCGUCUGGUUCUGGAACUACUGUCAUUGCGUCUCACAUACUACAAAUGCUUCUCCAAAAGCCCGAGUCGGAAAGAGCGGUUGUGUUGAGCUUCUCAUUUAACAAACAAGACAUCCGAGCUCGGACCUUAGACAGCCUGCUGCUGUCACUGUGUCGGCAACUUCUGUUGGCGCGUCCCUCGUUGUUCCAUCACGUCAUGUGGACUUGCUCGUUCCUUAUACUAGGAGGGCUCAUCACAACUGAAACGCUAUGGAGUGUCCUUCGCUCACUAGCAAUGCAUUUCUCCCUCUGCAUGGUUGGCACACCUCUUGCUUGUGUUAUUGAUUCCUUACAUGAAUGCCAUGUCUCGUUGAAUUCCACCCUCAAGCAGCUGAGUGAGUUUAUGUCCUUUACUCAAGGCCCAGUCAAGAUGAUCCUUACGAGUGAUCUUUCCUUUACGCUCAAGUCCCCACCAAAAUGCUCAUACAGGAUCAAUUUAAACAAUCAGCGUGAUAAUAAGUCAGCCGUGGAGAACUUCGUCCGGGCUAGCUUGUCGCAGCUCGCAGGAGAAAAUCGACUAUGGCGAGCAAAGAAUCUUCAGGAUCAAGUCAUCAAAAAGCUCUGCGUCAGGAAACCAAAUUGCCUGCUUGCAGUCAGGAGCAUGGAUCUGUUAAGAACCGCGGCGACGCAGUCAACUCUUUCAUCCGUCCAGGCAGAGAUCGAACGGGUGCCUCGCACCUUAAACGAGUCGUACAAUCGCUCAAUUGCAACAGCGUCGAUGGACGACUGGGUGGGCUGCGCCUUGCGAUGGAUUGUGCAUGCAGUAUGGCCAUUGUCGGAGCGAGAACUGGCCGUAGCCGUCGCACUGGAUAGAUCCAAGGACCAGCCUUUCGAACUCCUCAAGAGUCAUAUCUCAGUCAGCAUCACGGCAGAUCUUUUUCACACCAUAGGGCCUCUGAUAAGAGUCAUUGAUGGCCAAGUUCUGCCUUUCCAUCGGAGCUUGAGAGAUUAUCUGUCUGAAUUCUACACUCCGGUGGAGCUACAGGAUCAUGAUAACAGAGCUAAAGAUCCCCAUCUCGAGAUCCUGACAAGAUGUAUAGACUAUAUCGAGAGGUUGAUACCACACAGAAGCAUUGUUUUAGCCGACAACCAACCAACAUUAGAGUUGGCAGACGCAAAACUGGCUCUCAUCGACUAUGCCUGCCUGUAUUGGCCGGAGCAUUACAAGCUUGUACAGCCAAAGUCGAAGAUCCAAGCAACCCUCAAGGUUUCCCAAUUUUUGAUAGAGACAAGGCAUGUGUCUUUCUGGAGUAGAGAAUAUCAGCAACGAGCCGGAACGUUGACUGCCAAGGGCCACACCCUUGAUACCCGUCUCAAAGUGGUAUGCUAUUUUGGUUUGGAUGAUCUCCUUUGUGACUCUCUUGUCCACGCCAAAUCCACCGCGGGAAAUUCUAGAGAGCUUCAAGACGCUCUGAACCUAGCUGCGAGCCAAAGUCGCUCUACAAUCGUCGACAUUCUCGUCCGCGAAGGAAUAACAUCUAUUGAUGCGUUAGGCUUCGCAUCAGCCAGUGGAUUCGAUAACGUGAUGGGCCUGCUCUGA